AUGGCCUCCCUCUUUCUCAUUGCAUCCCUUUGCCUGGUCUCCCGCUCUCUGGCAAGCAUAGCCGGCAACAACAUUUCCACCGCAAUCAAUAGCGACGACUUCUCAGGAUGCCUCACCUACGAUCACGACAUGGUUUCAUCAAACACCCUCUCGCUCGCAGCCAGUGAUCUCAAUUCGGGCUCCGCACCGUUCACAUGGACAAUGGGCAUCCGGCUGGACACAGAUCCAGCCCCCGACGACGACUCGGACUCCAACACGGACAACAUGAUCCUCCUUGCGCGGGACUUCUACUUCGGAUACGCCCCCGCUGCGUCCUCCUCGGCAUCCAUAUCUUCCUGCAACAUUAUCUUCCUGGAUAUCUCCGGCACUGCUGUCCUAUACCCCAAUCUCUCGACGACGGCAGUUGACUGGACGCAGGAGCUCCCGGACGACUGCGCGCGAGGUAUAAAGAUGCAGAUUGAUACUGCUGCCAGGCAGGCCUAUAGGAGUGGUCAGGAUGCGGCGACGUUCUGUGAAACGUGGAGGUUUGACUACAAUGACGAGCUGCUGGGGAUAUGCCUCAAUGCGGGCCUGGGGGGUAAUGUGAUGAAGGCCAUCACCAUCAACGCGUCCAGCCCUGAAAACUGUACCGCGGCCUCGGGACUCGACUACAAUGUCCGCCCUGUAUACUCAAGGGAACUAAAGUACCAAAGAGAUAGAAUUGAAUCGAAGCCUAUGAUCCAGGGCACCACGCCGAUUGUUACUGUCCUGUUCCCGCCGGCGGACUCGAAUGUCACGGAGCCCGAGACGCACUUUCUCAAUUUGAGGCCGCAGACGCGCCUGCUUCGGCUUGUUGACUACUCGCGUGCACAGCGGCCCCAUUCGUCGUCCUUGUGCUUUGUUAUGUUGAGCUGGGUGGUGAGCGUUGUAUUUUCUGUGCUGGAGUGCGCGCGGUUCUAA